AUGGAGAACAGCGGCACAAGCAAAGAGCUGAAGCAGGCACCGGAGUCUGAUCCUCGUGAAGAGGAGAGCAAGAGAGAGGAGCAGGAGGAGGUCAGGGAGAGCCGGGAGUCCCCCAGCGAGCCUGAGGCAGUCCGCACUCCACCCAGGACCCCCCCUAGCAGUGCCCCGGAGUCUGACGCAGCUCAAGGCAGCCCAGACCCGGCUCUGCGGACCCCCGAGUCAGAUCCUCGUCGAGGGCCAGAAAUGCCAGCGUCGCCCGACAAAAGGAGCCACCCGUUGCCCUGUGGCAGCCCCUUCACGCCCAAAGGCCGGCUGAAUCCAGCCUCGAUCUCUCCAUCAGGGAAGCUUCUGCCCAAAGGCUCGAAGCAUUUGAGGUUCACCCCUGUUCCCUUGCAGGAUGAGAAGACCUCCCUUUCUCUGGUCAAUAUUAACCCCUUCACCCCGGAGUCCUAUAGGAAACUCUUCCUUCAAUCCGGUGGCAAGAGGAAAACUCGCGGGGAUUGUGACGAGGAAACAGGGGAAAGAAAGCCAGAAGAAGGGCUGCCUGCCAAGAAAUGUGUUCUUCAAGAAACCAACAUGGCCCACCGCUAUAAAAAAGAAUUCUUGGAAUUAGAAAAAAUUGGGGUUGGGUCUUUUGGUACCGUCUACAAGUGCAUUAAGAGACUGGAUGGAUGUGUUUAUGCAAUAAAACGAUCCACAGAAUCCUCUCUAGGACUCUCCAAUGAGAACUUGACUUUGCAUGAAGUGUAUGCUCACGCGGUGCUGGGCCAUCACCCUCACGUGGUCCGUUACUAUUCCUCGUGGAUAGAAGACGGCCACCUCAUCAUUCAGAAUGAGUACUGCAACGGUGGGAGCCUGCAGGCUGCGAUCUCUGAAAACACGAAGACGGGUAAUCAUUUCCCAGAGCCGAGACUCAAGGACAUCCUUCUGCAGAUCUCCCUUGGGCUCAAGUACAUCCAUAGCUCUGGCAUGGUGCACCUGGACAUCAAACCAAGUAACAUCUUUAUUUGCCAUAAGAUGCAAACGGAUUCUCCAGCAGCCCCAGAAGAGAAUGAACAUGAAGACGAUUGGUUUCUCUCUGCCAAUGUGAUCUAUAAGAUUGGUGACUUGGGUCAUGUGACAUCAAUAAACAAACCCAAAGUGGAGGAGGGUGACAGUCGUUUCCUGGCUAAUGAGAUUUUACAAGAGGACUAUGAGAACUUGCCCAAAGCAGAUGUGUUUGCCUUGGCUUUGACAAUCGCUGUGGCUGCAGGUGCAGACUCACUGCCCUCCAAUGGUGAUGCCUGGCACCAUAUCCGGGAGGGGAACCUUCCAGAAAUCCCCCAGGAGCUCUCUGAAGAACUGAGAAGUCUUCUAAAGGACAUGCUCCAUCCUGAUCCCGUGAAGAGACCUUCUGCAAUCGCUCUGUCCAGAAGUCAAGUUCUCCGACCAUCUCUGGGGCAAGCAGAAGAACUCCAAAAGCAGCUUAAUUUGGAAAAAUUCAAGACUGCCUCACUGGAAAGGGAGCUGAGAGAUGUCCAGCAGGCCCAGUCACCCACGGAUAGACACAGUGACCCAGGGGAGUCCGGGACCCCCACGACAGGAUCAAGGAGCAGCAAACGCCUGGUGGGAGGCAAGAGUGCGAAGUCCUCCAGCUUCACCUAUGGGGGCUCUUCCCCGUGA